AUGCCUUCUCGCACAUGCGCUAUCCUUGCCGACACCGCCGAGAAGGACCGUUACCACCGUCACCACCGUCAUCACCGUUACCACCGUGCUCUCGGUCUUUUGCCUGCUUUCAGAAGUACUCAGGGACAGCAGAGUACUGAUCUCAAGACCACCCGCGAUACCAUCGCCGACCUCCAGAAACAGAUCGAGCAGAAGGACACUGCUCUCCAAUCCAACCGCGAGAAUAUCGCCAAGCUGCAGGAUCAGAUCGCGCAGAACGCUGCUGCUCUCGGUAUUGUCACCACCUUGACAGACGCCAGCACGAACAAAGACGCCAAGAUGAGUGACCUGGAGCAGACUAUUGCAAAAUUGAGACGCAACAACGGGAGGAAUAGACUGAGGGAUAAGGUCCCUGGAACAGCCGUUUUAGUUCGCUGCGAAGAUCAUCGUGUCGCUGCUUUGCGUCUGUCAGGAGCUACAGCUCUCAGGUCCGAAUUCCGGAAGGCAGCCAGAUCAGCUCACGUCACACCUCUACUGGAAGUCACAACGCCCCUUGCUUACCUCACUCACUUCAUUGACCAGUUGCUGGAGUCGCGUGAGUUGUUACAGACGUACGAGGCCAUGAAGGAAGCACACGCCGAUUGCCCAGUCAACGCAGAGCGCAUGUAA